AUGCACUCGGGCACCAAGAAGUUGAAUCUGAAGGUUCCCGUCGCCCAGAUGCUGCCGCUGAGGCUGUUGCUGUUGCUUCUCGUGGCUGUGGAUGGCUGCAGUGGCGCCAAUAGCCUCUUCACGCCAGCUGGCGACCAUAGGCUAAGUCGCUCCAAGCGAGUGGCCAUCUUCAAUGGUCAGGGCGUGCUCAAGUUUGUCUGUGGCAUAGCGUAUCCCAUACCGCAGGCGAGCACUCAGCUAUCUGUUUGGGGUUUCGUCAACUAUCAAAACCAAUUCACGCCCGCACCUGUGCCCAUAUAUUGGUGGAGUUUUUGGAAUACCUCAGCCUUUCAGUCUGUGCCCAGGGAGUACCGCCAGGAUAUGCAAACGCAGCUUAGACACGAUGAGACACGCACUUGGUUGUACGAUGUCAUUGAAACGGGUCUGGAACAACUGGAUGGCGUAAAUGGAGGCGUGUGCCUGCUGCGCAGCAUCUGCGAGAUCUCUCAGCGCCCCUUUCAGCAGAGCAAUCUUUUCAGCGAGAUACUCAAUGCGGUGCUGGUACCUCCCUUGGAUAAUGUGGCUGGGAAGUAUCUGCUUGCCAGGGAUGGGGGACGUGCUGGCGCUGAUUGUCGGCGAACCUACAGCGAUUGCAGCCAUAAACUCUGGAGCCGUCUCCGCCAUAUAGCCAAGAUAUCGCCUUGAUGACAGGAAUGUGCUUACACGGAGAAAAAGUUGAAAAAUAAUAUA